GACGAUAACAUUGUCUACGGCGUGAGGCACGAACUCAACGGGAGGCGCACUUUGCGCUCUUGGUGCAGCGUGAUCGCGGUUCAUAUUUUGGCUAAGAUCAAAGAUGCACAUCGCAGCUGCCGCUGGUCCACUGCUGUAAUAGCAGGACGCGAGGUCCGUCGGCGCCCAAGGAAAGUGCGCCUAUCGGAGGCGGCGGGGAAGGCGUGCGCAUUUCCUGUAACCGCAGCAGGUUGCAGCCAGCUUCGCCCUCUCCACCGCGACGCAAGGACACACUGACAGCGGACCCUCCCGCCUCGCGUGGUGGUCGGCAGCACGUUCGGUUCCUCCGCACUGGCCCAACGCGACUUCGCACGAUGUGCUCGUGCAGCCGGCUGUUCUGCUGCUCGCUGGUGUGCGGCGUAGUGGCCGCAGUGCUGGUCGGCUUCCUGAACCAGCCGCCCGACCCGUUCAAGGUCAACUCGACGGGCUACUGGGGAACUGCCAGCAUCAAGAACGUGCGCGCUGCCCCGCAGGACGAGCCGGCCAUUUCCAAGUUCUCGGUGCACGCUCCCGAAGAAGCACUGGUGGACCUCAAGCGUCGGCUCGCGUCGACGAAGCUGGCGGAGCCCCUUCCAGACAGCCGCUUCGAGUACGGCUUCAACGCACAUGAGCUUCGCCGAGUGGUAGACCACUGGAAGGACCGUUUCGACUGGCGCCUUCAGGAGCGCCUCCUCAACGCCUACGAGCACUACCACACAACUAUCGAAGGCAUCCGCGUGCAUUUUAUGUACGCUAGGGCCAAGGCUGAGCCAAGGACCAAGGUGUACACCUUGCUGAUGAUUCAUGGCUGGCCGGGAUCGGUGAUCGAGUUCUUGAAGAUCGCCAGACAGCUAGCGACCCCCAAGCAGGGAGUCGCGUUCGAGGUCAUUUGCCCCUCCAUCCCAGGAUACGGGUUCUCCGAGGCACCGCACAGAAAAGGUUUCAAUGGUCUCGAGGCAGCCCGUGUCUUCGUAAAGCUUAUGGACCGUCUGGGACGGAAGAAGUUCUACGUGCAGGGAGGAGAUUGGGGAGCGAUGAUUGCGAAGCUCAUGGCCACCUACUAUUCUGACAGAGUGCUGGGCGCGCACAUGAACAUGAUGGACGUGGAGUUGAGCCCGCUGGUGAUGCUCAAGCUGCUCGUCGGCUCCUUCUUCCCGUCGUUGGUGCUGGGCGCCGGUGAGCAGCAGCUGGGGGCCGCCUCCGCGCUGCCCCUCUGGCCCAAGGUGACGCAACUGCUGCGGGAGAGCGGCUACAUGCACCUGCACGCCACGAAGCCCGACACCAUCGGUCUGGCCCUGCUCAACUCCCCGGCUGGUCUGGCAGCCUACAUAUUGGAGAAGUUCUCUACGUGGACGUUCGGCAAGAACGUGGACCGCGAGGACGGCGGACUCACCGACAAGUACACGUACGACGAACUGCUGUCCAACGUGAUGCUGUACUGGCUCACGGACAGCAUUGGGUCCAGCGCGCGCUUCUACAAGGAGAACUUCGCCAGCGGUAUGACCCGGCCCACCAGGGUGCCCGUGACUGUGCCCACGGGAUUCUCGGUGUUCCCCGAGGACUUGCUGGUCAUUCCCAAGUCGUUCAUCGGCCACGCGUACCACGACGUCGUCACCUUUGUGCAGCACUCGACCGGCGGCCACUUCGCCGCCUUCGAGGUGCCCGAGCUGCUCGAGAAAGACGUGCGCCAGUUCGUGGCCGCGGUGGAGGCGCGCAAUGCCUCGGCUCCCGGCCCGUUCCCCGCCUUCGCUUUCGUCGACAUCGGGCCGCAGCUGUACCGCGCCGCGGUGACAUUCGGCCCGAGCAGCCCCGCCGGAGGACGACGUUUCGAGCCGACACCCGCGCCGCCUGCCAGCCCGGCGCCUGUCCGCCGUGAGCCGGAGCUGAAGCCCGUCGAGAGCAGACAGGAACCGCCACCCGAAGUCAAGCAAACGACCGCUGCCAAGCCUUCGCAGCAGGUGAAGGAAGCGACUCCUGCCAAGCCUCCCACAGUGCAGAAACCCAAGGCAUCGAGUGGACCGAAGGGUGCCGAGUCCAACGCAAGGCCGGCUCAACAGAGGCGCGACCCAACGCCCUCCACUGUCACCGGAGGCACAAAAACUCCUCACUGAGUCGCAGCGCGCCGCACCAAGGCGAAGAGCAUAACCAAGCUGGUUGAGUUAGGGAUUAACGUUUCUUUUUUCAUUUGCCGUCUACUUGUCGCUAUGAUCCACAAUUUUGCCCGACGCUUAAUGACUGCGCAUUAAAGGGACGCUAAAGACUUGAGUUGUUUAGCUAAAUUAUCGAGGUAGGCUUGUUUGGGUGAAUGAUGCUUUCGAACUACCGAAAACAUCACUCUUACCGCCAGGAGAGGAUUGUAAGACAGAAGAGACGGUCACAACAGGUGAUUGCAGCACCUUGCGCUUCCACUGGUGGCGUCAUGGAUUUUCGCACCCUCGGGGCCGGUUGCAUCUCGUUAAGGUCACGUCGCAUUGCAAGGUAACCGAUCAGUCAACAAGUUUUGGCAACGUUUUACGGGCGCGAAUCGCAGCGUUAGAUUGACGUGCGGCAUUGUGGUUUGUACACGCAAUAAUAAAAAAUGAAGAAACGGAA